CUCAGGUGUCUUCUUUAUCAGUCAUUCUUCUACUUACAAAGUUGAAGCUUUGUUGUUUGUGUUAUGUGAAUUUUCAUUUUUCACAGAUUUAUUUAUUGUUUUAAAAUUUUCAAAAAAAAAAAAAAAAAAAAAAUCAAUAGCUCUUUGGCGUACGGUAUCUAUUAUCAUUCUUCGCAGAACGGUGAAAAAUGGCACAACAAGGAGUUUUGGGAUUCUCACCCAACACGGUGAUGAACAAAUCAGCGGCACAGCGCUUCCACGCUAUCCCGCAGCCAGACAACAAAAUCCGAGCUGAGUACAUUUGGAUCGACGGAGAGUACGGAAUCAGGUCAAAGACCAGAACCCUCGACUUCCUUCCCAAGUCAGUCCAAGAUCUGCCUGAGUGGAACUACGAUGGUAGCUCCUGUUACCAGUCUCAGGGUAGCAACUCUGACACGUACCUAAUCCCGGUGGCCAUGUUUAAGGACCCUUUCAGGUUGGGAAACAACAAGCUUGUCCUCUGCGACACCUACAAGCAUGACCGGACUCCAACUGAGACAAACCAGAGACACACUUGCAUAAAAGUGAUGGAAGCCGCCAAGGACCAGAAACCGUGGUUCGGAAUUGAACAAGAGUACACUUUGUUGGACAUGGAUGGCAGGCCUUUUGGUUGGCCAAAAUGCGGGUUCCCCGGACCUCAGGGACCCUACUAUUGCGGUGUGGGAGCAGACAAAGUCUACGCUAGGGAUAUUGUUGAGGCUCACUACAAUGCUUGCUUGUACGCUGGAGUCAAUAUCUCUGGUAUCAAUGCUGAGGUCAUGCCCUCACAGUGGGAAUUUCAAGUUGGGCCAUGUGAAGGUAUCACAAUCGGUGAUGAGCUAUGGAUGGCCCGAUUCCUGCUGCACAGAGUGGCAGAAGAAUUCGGUGUUGUCGUUACUCUCGACCCCAAACCCAUGGAAGGAGACUGGAAUGGUGCUGGAGCUCACUGCAAUUUCUCCACGGAAGCAAUGAGGAAACCCAAUGGAAUUGUUGAAAUUCAAAAUGCUAUCACGAAGCUUUCAAAACACCAUGAUCGACACAUCCAGGCCUAUGACCCCAAGAAGGGAGCUGAUAACGCUAGACGGCUCACCGGAAAGCACGAAACAUCUUCAAUUCACGAUUUCUCAUCAGGUGUGGCUAACCGAGGUGCCAGCAUCCGAAUUCCAAGAGGCUGUGCCGAAGAAGGGAAAGGAUACUUGGAGGACCGCAGACCGUCCUCUAACUGUGAUCCUUAUGCUGUCUCUGAAGCCAUCGUACGCACGUGUUGUCUCAAUGAAUAAAUCGAUGUACCCUAUGUCUUUCACAUACCUAAUUGUUAUUUUUACAAGAUGUAACCAUUUAUCAUCGUUAUAAUUUUUCCACUCUCACCUGUUCAAAGUAAGUUAUUCCUCAUUUUGUAUCAGAAAAAGAGAGAUUUGUUUUUUUUUUUCUUUAUUAUUGGGCGGAAAUCAGUGUUGCAGUGAUUAAAUUAACCUCAGCAGCCAGUUUGGUCAAUAUCAAAGGAAUGUUUCGUAUUUUGUGGAGUAUGAAAUGAUCGGCAGAAUUUUUGAUGAAUGGCAGGUUUCCUUCAGCAAGUCUUGGUCCUGAAAGAUUGUUUCAAUCGGUGUAACACCUGUUUCCUCCUGAUUGUGAUAUAAUGUUUAGAUUAAGUAUGUUGAAACCUUCUUUGUUCGCCUCCUGUACAAAUUUCAUAAAAGUGGGUGAUCUAAAAUAAUUUUUUUCAAGUAUUGUUAAGUUUAAAUAAUCUAUUUUUAAUCUACUUAAUCGAACCUUUAUUCCAUCGAACAUUCUUAAGUUGCAGAAUAAUCAAAAUCGCCGUAAAGUUACUUCAGUAUUAAUUGUUUUUUCCACUUUAAGACAUUUUGGCCCUAUCUUUUACAAUGUUUGCAAAUGAACAUGUUGUAACCAGCCAUUAUUGUUGAGGGCCAAUUUGCACGUACCUUAAUCAAGUCUACGUUCAAUUCUAACAAUAAGUAUCAACAUGUUUCCGUUUGAUUUCAAUAAUGAGUGUAAGAGUAAUUGCGACAUUUUUUUUUGCUUUUUUUUGGCAUUUCAUCCGCAUCGAUAGUUUUUUGUCUCUCAGAACACGAAAAAAAACAGUGAAUUAUUUGUUGUAAGCUUUAAAUAUGUCGUUUUGAAUGAUUCUGUGAAUUAUUUAUGUAUUGAUCAAUUUUUGAUAACUCGACGCCUAGAUUAUAUGACUAAUAGUUCAACCUUGGUGAAAAUGGAAAAUGGAACUCUGGAAUAUUUUCUCUUAAUGUCUACUUUUUUAAUGUGUGAGGCUCCUACUUCCGUGACAGUCGUCUGAACUAGGAAAUUAUGCUUGUGCCUUUGACUCGAGCGCAUAGGUCGGUACCUAAUUUUCCUCCUGCGCACGUGUCCAUUGCAACUUUGAAGUUCAGAGCAGAAGUUUUGAUAUUUUUUAAACCGAUUACGUAUCCAGUUUGUACGUUAUGAUGCAAUUACGAUCCUCUGUGUUUUGAGUAAGAAAUUUUGAGUAAAUUGUACAUUCGGUAUUUAGAUGUGCGAGAGAAGUAAACUGCCGAAUAACUGGCGCUGAACUGAGAAAUUAUUUUUUCUAAUGCAGGAUUUAGAUUCGGUACAUUUAAGUUUCCAAUAAUUUACAUGUUUUAUACCUAUUAUUAUUCAAAUUACAAACUGUACUAUGUAUUCAGUACAAUGAUCGCAUACCUAGGUUGGUACAUUGGAGACUACUAAGGAACAUUAUUUUAAUGUAUAUGUUUAUUUUCGUCAUCAGUCUCUGUAUGGUUCAGGCGUCAAUGUAAAAAGCAAAACAAUAAUGAAUAAUUUAUGAACAAUGUA